AUGAGGACGCCUGUUCAGCUUCCUGGGGUUAUUGAGAAGAAGAACAAGCCUCACAUCCAGCUGGACAUCGGAUCAGGUCAGAUGAAGACUUUCACCCCUGAGGAAAUCUCUGCCAUGGUUCUGACUAAAAUGAAGGAGACCGCAGAGGCUUACCUGGGAAAGAAGGUCACACAUGCUGUGGUCACUGUGCCCGCUUAUUUCAAUGACGCCCAGCGCCAGGCCACCAAAGAUGCAGGAACCAUCGCCGGACUGAAUGUAAUGAGGAUCAUCAGUGAGCCGUAA